UCUACACCUGUUCGUCGUCAUCUGGGACAAGUCAGUGAUGUCACGAGGAGGGGCGGGAAUAGAAAGCGGCGAAAGUGCGUGUUUUGUCCGUGCUCAGCUCACAGGUGAGCUUCAGUGUCGCUGGCGAAGACAUGGGGAAACUUCAGGCGUUUCAGAUCGCGUUUGACAAAAACAAGGAUGUGUACAGUCCGGGCGAGUCCAUCACUGGGACCGUGACGAUCAAACUGGGCCAACAGCUGCUGUGUAAAGCCAUCAAAGUGAACUGCAAUGGCUUCUGUGGCAUCACCAAUAAAGUAAAUGACUUGGCAUGGAUGAUGGAGGAGCAGUACUUCAACAGCACCUUCUCUCUUGCAGACAAAGGAACCCUGAAAGAGGGAGAACACACUUUUCCCUUCAAGUUUCUCAUACCAGCCUCUGCUCCGACAUCUUUUGAAGGCAGCUAUGGUCGGAUCAUUUACAGAGUGAGGGCUUUUAUUGACACGCCGCGCUUUGCCAAGGAUUAUAGCACAGAGAAACCUUUUUUCCUGCUAAGCCUUCUGAACCUCAAUGAACUGCCAGACAUAUGGGGUACUUGUUCAUCUGCAGUGACCCAGCAGUUCACCUACAUGCUGAUGAAAACAGGCACAGUGGUUUUGAAGGCCCAGACUGACAUGAAGGGCUACACACCAGGCCAGGUCAUCCAGGUGAUAGUCGGCAUCCACAACGAAUCUGGGAAAACCACAGGCAACAUGGCAGCUAGCUUGAUGCAGAGAGUAACCUAUGAGAUGAAAAGACCCACCUAUGAUGUAAAGAUGAUAGCGGAGGUGGAGGGAGGUGUGGUAAAGGCUGGCAAGGAGGUGGAGUGGAAGGAGCAAAUCAUCGUUCCUCCUAUUCCUCAGUCCUCCCUCGCUGGCUGUGAGCUGAUAAAGAUUGACUAUUAUGUAAAGGUCAGUCUAAAGUCUCCAGACGUCACAUUGACAUUACCCAUCCACAUCGGCAACAUCUCUCUGGACAAAAAAAAGCAAUCUCAUAAUAGUCCCAAAACAGCAGCCCCCCCUCCCUCUGCUGCAGCUGAAGAUACCCCAGCCCCUGCCUCUACCACUGACACCUCGACCUCUGCCACUGCCCCCACACUGCCCCCCCGCCCUGCCCCAAAACCUCGCUCCAAGACGUCCUCCUAUAAUUCCCCCAGUGCUCCUCCAGCUGAGUACAGUGAGGGAGCAGAGGGUGGGACUCAGAUGUAUGAUGGCUUCCCCAAUAAGCGACAGUCUCAGCUCGUGUCACCCAACGCUUUCAGCUAUGCUCCUGGCCUCUUUUUUGCACAGAACCAGCAGCACAAUGGGCCUGGUCCUGUACCCUGUGGGCCCACAGGCAUGCCAGCACCUUACCCCCCUGGCAACGGGGCCAUCUCAGUGCCAACACCACUCCUCCUGCCUCCAGCCUACGACAUCUCACCUUAUCCACAAGAUGCUCCUCCUUCUUAUGAUGAAACCUGCAACACAUGAAGUGGAUGAAGAACCAGGAACUUCCACCACGACGGUGAUCAUUUCACUCUCGUAUCAGCCAAAAUGUUGAACUAAAACUGCAGUUCAUCUUUCCUGUUAAUAAAGACUGCUGGUACGAUCUUAACCUCUAGAUUUAAUGUAAGUUUGAAGUUUUUCUAAAUGUAAGAAUCAGCAUUUUGGAUUGAAAUCACUGUGAAAUUACUGCUGCACAGUGAACGAGUACCUUUUUAGAACCCAAUUGGAGCUUAUUCUUUCCUGCAAACCAGGCACUGCAAAUCAACACUGUCUUUAAACCUGGUGUUUGUUUUUAGCACUUUGAAUGAAAGGAAAGAAAAAAAGAGAAUACACAGUGUUGUUUUGUGUUUGGACUGUAAGAGGAGUCAAGUUGUUAGUUGUGGGUUAUUUAGACAUGAAUGACAUCUGUGAUGUCAAGUUUGAAGGUUUUUGUGCAAAAACAACCAAUAUCCUCUAGUAUUUAGUCGGUUUUUUUCUUUUGUUUUCAACAUAAACCUGAAGUACUUUUAUUGGAAACAGGUGAAAUCAUCCUUGUACACUGAAUGUUUAAGCCUGGAUGAAAGAUGUUGUUUGUACUUUUGUUAUAUUUUUUGCUGUUGAUCAGGAGUUUUCAGUUUUAUAAUGACAAUCAACUUUCCAGAUAUUGCUGUUGCAAGUUAUCUACCUACAGAUUUUUAAGGCUAUAAUGCAUGAUCCAGUUCAGCAUUUUAAGAUCAAUGCCAUGUUUGUUAUUCCUCACUUCUUCCCCAGCUGAACAUGUGUUGGUUGGGUUCACGCCAUACAUUCUUUCUUUGUCUUAACAGUUGUACAAUGAUGCAACAUCACUGUGAUUUGAGGUUUUAUUUGGUCUCUCAAACUUUUGUAAAUACAUUUUGAUAUUUUUGAUCAAAUUGAAUUCAUCAAACUUGCAGAAAAGCAUUACAUUUAUUUAUAGUUUUGACUGUUUUCCAACUGCUGUCUGGAUUCCAAUACAUUUGUUAAAACCA